UCCGGGCCCCAGGGCGGCCCGCGGGCGCAGCACCCAGCAGCACCGGGAGUCGCUUGGACGCCGGUUCGGGACCACUGCGGGGUGGUGUUGCCGGGCCCGAGAAAGUUCGGGACCGGAGAGUGGCGACGCCGGGCGGCGGGACCCAUGGAGGCGCGCGGGGAGCUGGGCCCAGCCCGGGAGUCGGCGGGCGGCGACCUGCUGCUAGCGCUGCUGGCGCGGAGGGCGGACCUGCGCCGAGAGAUUCCGCUGUGCGCCGGCUGUGACCAGCACAUCCUGGACCGAUUCAUCCUCAAGGCUCUGGACCGCCACUGGCACAGCAAGUGCCUCAAAUGCAGUGACUGCCACACGCCACUGGCCGAGCGCUGCUUCAGCCGAGGGGAGAGUGUUUACUGCAAGGAUGACUUUUUCAAGCGCUUCGGGACCAAGUGCGCCGCGUGCCAGCUGGGCAUCCCGCCCACGCAGGUGGUGCGCCGCGCCCAGGACUUCGUGUACCACCUGCACUGCUUUGCCUGCGUCGUGUGCAAGCGGCAGCUGGCCACCGGUGACGAGUUCUACCUCAUGGAGGACAGCCGGCUCGUGUGUAAGGCGGACUACGAAACUGCCAAGCAGCGAGAGGCCGAGGCCACGGCCAAGCGGCCGCGCACGACCAUCACCGCCAAGCAGCUGGAGACGCUGAAGAGCGCCUACAACACCUCGCCCAAGCCGGCGCGCCACGUGCGCGAGCAGCUCUCGUCCGAGACCGGCCUGGACAUGCGCGUGGUGCAGGUUUGGUUCCAGAACCGCCGGGCCAAGGAGAAGCGGCUGAAGAAGGACGCCGGCCGGCAGCGCUGGGGACAGUAUUUCCGCAACAUGAAGCGCUCUCGCGGCGGCUCCAAGUCGGAUAAGGACAGCGUUCAGGAGGGGCAGGACAGCGACGCCGAGGUCUCCUUCCCCGAUGAGCCUUCUUUGGCGGAAAUGGGCCCGGCCAACGGCCUCUACGGGAGCUUGGGGGAACCCACACCGGCCUUGGGCCGGCCCUCGGGAGCCCUGGGCAACUUCGCACUAGAGCAUGGAGGCCUGGCAGGCCCAGAGCAGUACCGAGAGCUGCGUCCCGGCAGCCCCUACGGUGUCCCCCCAUCCCCCGCCGCCCCGCAGAGCCUCCCUGGCCCCCAGCCCCUCCUCUCCAGCCUGGUGUACCCAGACACCAGCUUGGGCCUUGUGCCCUCGGGAGCCCCCGGCGGGCCUCCACCCAUGAGGGUACUGGCAGGGAACGGACCCAGUUCCGACCUAUCCACAGGGAGCAGCGGGGGUUACCCUGACUUCCCUGCCAGCCCCGCCUCCUGGCUGGACGAGGUGGACCACGCUCAGUUCUGACCCAGGCCCAGCUCCACCCAGCACCGGACACGAGGGAGCUGCCCCUGGGUGGGCGGCUCGGGGAUGCUGGGGGUUGCGAGGAAGUGGGGCCAGGGCGUCAAGGGAGGGCUGGUGCCUUCGGAGCCUCCCACUGCUGACCACACAGCUCCCUCCCUGGGGGCUGACGGACCUACCUGGCCCCUCCUCUGACACAGGGCUGGCCCGCCAGGUGGCCGCCCAGCAAGCCGGCCUUUUUUGUAAGCAAAUUUCUCCCCUUUAUUGAUCAAUUAACCGAGCACUUGCUGCUGUUUCUAGACAUGAAAUGUCACCUUGCUGAGGCCCAGCCCAGCCCAGCAUAGCCUGAGGGCUGAAAAAACUGCUUUCAUCUCUAAAACUGAGAAAUCAUCAUAAUCGUGCUUUCACUUCCCAGGCUCCGUAUGUCUCAGAGCCAUCACCCCGAGGCUCCCUCUUUAGAUCACAGAUUGGCCUUGCCUGUCCAGGCAGGAGGCUGCAGGGGUGGGGACACACCUGUCCCCCCUCCUCUCCCCAGACUGUGGGGGGCCUCCCUGCCUUCAGCCCCGCCUUCCCUGGGAGCAGAUUUCCCCAGUCCCCAGGUCUCUAGAUCUUUCUAUUCUUCUUGAGUACCCUGUGGAGGAGGCAAAAAUGCCUGGGGUCCCUUCUCUCCAAGCUCAAUUCUCUAAGCCCCUCAGGGUUUCUUCCUCAGUCCACCCCAGGCCCUUGGUGUCCAGGCUGCACCCACAGAUGUCCGUUGCCAAACAGCCUGCCCUCCCUGCUGGAGCCGGCUCUGCCUGCCCCAGACUGGGAAGUCUCCCCACUGGAGAAGGGCGGGGCUCCUCCGAGCCUGCCCUGUCUCCUCCAUCAGAUCCUUUGGUAAGAAGUUUCUGGGAGACACCUGCAGCUGUGUGUGCCCCAGACACAAAGGUUGGCCUGUGUGUAAGUCAAAGUCAGUCCCGCAAACCUGAAUCUCCAGCUACCUACUGGUUCUGUGAAUGUUCUGUGUCUUUUAUUUAUUCUCGGGUGAUCAGCUCUUUCCAAGACUUCAAUAAAUUUGUCAGUUACAGUCAA